AUGUCAGACCAAAACGAGUCAAAGAAGCAUCAGCAUAUAGUAAGUUGUGCUAUGUACUAGUUUUUUCCUGCCCUUUAUACUGGUUAUAACUUUUUUAAAAUUUGUCCUUUCUGGUAAUAAUUUUUUCAAAAAGUUGAACCGUUUCCCCCUGUGGAUCAUUUUUUCUAAAAUUUGAACUUGGUCCCCCCUGUUAAUCAUUUUUUCAAAAAUUUGAAUUUGGUCUUCUCUGAUGAUUAUUUUUUCAAAAUUGGAACUUUGCUCCUUCUGGUAAUCAUUUUUUAAAAACUUGAUCUUGUUCCCCCCCCUGAUGAUUAUUUUUUCAAAGAAUAUGCCCCCCCUGUGGAUCAUUUGUUCAAAAAGUUGAGCUUGGUCCCCCCUGUUGAUCAUUUUUUUCAGAAAUAUAAAGUUGAUCCCCUCCCCUGUUGAUUACGUUUUCAAAAACUUGAACUUGGUCUGUUGACAUUUUCAAAAUUUUCAAAAAAAUUUUUUAAACUCCUUAUUUUUCCUUCUCCCCAAACCAAACUUACCCACCUAACACUAGCUACAAUCAUAUUUUUCUAAUUUUUCAUUUCCAGCACUGCAAGCAUCACAAGUUCCGCCGAGUGCCCAAAUAUGAAGAAUCCUCGGAAUCGCCGGGCUUUGAAAUGUUUGACGAGGAGAAGAAGGUGCACCAAUGUCCCAAGCAUCGUACAAUGCAUCAGCGACACGGUGUAAAACAAAAUGAGGAUCAAAAGUUUUGGGAACCAUCAGUACGAGAGAGUGGUCCAGAAACGUGGCAGAGCUUGGUCGAUAAGGAGGGGGUAGGCUUGGUUUUUAGGGUUAUAAUAAGUGGUUUUAGGCUUAUAUUUUGCCUUUUCUUAAAUUUGUUGGUAGACUCUGGGUAUGAAAAGAUAUAAAUAACAUAAGUUUUCAAAAGGCUAUUUUAUAAAGAGCCAAAAAAAGUCAUGUCGUUUUUUUACGUACAAAACCGUGUAAAUCAACGACAAGGCUUUUUAACGCCGCAAUAGGUAAAGUUGAUGAAAUUUAAAUACCUUACAGAUUCAAAGACAACUAAUGGUUAUAAAAAAUCUUGUUAUUAGCCUUGUUAUAGGUAAAACCGCCUAUAAAUUUGAAAAUCGUGGCAUUUUGCAACAAGAAGAAAAAUAACCUUGUGGUUGGCUCUGACGCUUUUUUUCUGAUGGUAAACCAUCAUUUUUGAUUCACUUUCUUUUUGAAAAAUAUAAUUUAAUAUCUAAAUAUUAAUUUGCGAACGAGUUUUUGAAGAUUUGUCACUUUUGCGCCUUGCGCGAUCAAUUUAAAAAUCCAUGGCUUUGAUGUCUACAAUAAGGUUUUUCUUUUCAAAAUAGCGCUGUAGACACUAUUUUUAAUCAAAAAUGGUUUAUAUUAUUAGAUAUAGCAUAAAAUAAGAAUUAAUUUGAUACCUAAAUGAUAGAAAUUGGUAAGAUAGUUUUUGAGAUACAAAGCUAGGGCUUCCGAUAUUGUUUUAAGUGAUCAAAAAUUUAAAAAAAAUUGAAAAUCAUUACGAUCGCAAUGUAAUACCUAGAUCUGAUGGUUUUUAAUGACUUUUUAUGCUGUUAAACUACUUUUUAACUAUGAUUUUUGUCAGUUUAAUAAAGUUUAUAGCCUAAUCUUCACCAUCUUUCAGAGUAAACAGCAAGUCCCACGAGACCGAAUCAAUUUUGACCCCACCUUCGAUGAAACUCCAGAUUCGUUGGACUCGGACCGCUCCGAAUCCCAAUAUCUUUUGCCUUUUAUCAAACCGGAUUCGGCAUUGACGGUGCCACCGGAAAAGCUUCUGAUUCGCGAUUACUUGAAGAAGGAUUCGAACAAUAAUUACACAUUGGAACGACACAUUUCAAUCAAUGAUCCGAACGUCAAAAAUCGAAUUGUGGACUCACAACUUCUGCGGCAUGUCAUCAAACGGAAUGAGGAGAUCUUGACAAAGUAGGGGCGAUUUUAGGAUGCUUUUUUGCUUUUUAAAACUUUAACUUUGGGUUAGCGUAAGGUGGGGUAGUCCUCAGGGGCAAGGCUAGUAGCAGGGCUAAAAAUAUUACUCACCUUAGAGCUAAGGAUAAGGUAGGGAUAGAGCUUGAGUUAGAGCUUGAGUUAGAACUAGAACUAGAGCCGGAACUUGAACUAGAGUUUGUGCUAGGGCCUGAGCUGGAGCUAAAGCUCAGGCUAGGGCUUAGGCUAGGGCUCUGGGCUAGGGUUUAGGCUAGGGCUUAGGCUAUGGCUUAGACUACGGCUUAGGCUAGGGCUUAGGCUAGAGCUUAGGCUAGGGCUUAGGCUAGAGUAGGGUCAAGUCGUCGUUUAAGUUUGACUUUUAUUAAGGCCGAAGCUAGGCUAAACCUCCUUCAUACUCUACUAUCUUUAGUCAAAAUAGGCCCUAUAUUGUACUAGAUUAUCAGAGUAGAUAGUCUUUCUUAUAAAAGUAUUAAAGCUCUUAUCAGAGCAUAACUGUUUAUAAAAAACGAAUAUUGAUCUUAUUUUCAGAGCCUGUAUAUGCCAAUACUUACCGGAAGAUUCGCAGCCUUAG